GUAAAAAUACUUUGCUAUUAUGCACAAUAAACGGUUUCCACUCGGGAUUAGUUAAUGGAGAAAUAUUUUGGGUAGUUUUGCUCAAGAGGUUUCGUUUGCUUGCAGGGACAUUCAGAAAAAGUUCCCUGAACUUUGAACCGUAUCUGCAAAGUGAGAUAAACAAGAGCCAUAUAAAUACCACAGCCCUUUUCCCCACACUGUUUCCUUCUGUGGCAGAGCCAGGUGCAGCUGCCAAGAAGGGGGAGGAGGAGGACAGGGUAAAGCCCAGCCAUGUGGGCAGGUGUGGGGCUAGUUCUGGCCCUCUGUGUCCUCCCAGGAGGAGGGACAGAGAUCCAGAACUGCCAGGAGCCCCCAGAAUGGCGUAUUGGGGAGGAGGACCCAAUGUGGAACUCCAGAGGCUCGGUGACAGUGGUGGCUCUCCUCCAGGCUAGCUGAUCAUUGUGCCUGCGGCAGGCUUCCAGUUUGGAGGACCUGCGGGUAAAGUUAGAGAAUGAAGGAUUGGUCAACAUCUCGUAUGUGGUUGUCAACCAUCAGGGACCUCAAUCCCAGAGGGAAUUUCACCUACUUAAAGAACGUGUUUCAGACUACAUUACUGUCUACCAGCAAGAUGAGCAGCAAGAGGAUGUCUGGACUACUUUAAAUGGAAACAAGGAUGACUUUCUCAUCUAUGACAGAUGCGGCCGUCUAGUGUACCAUCUCGGUCUGCCCUACUCCUUCCUGCAUUUUCAGUAUGUGGAAGAAUCUAUUAAGAUUGCAUACUGCGAGAACAAGUGUGGAAACUGCUCCUACAUGGAACCUGAUAUUGAUGGUGUCUGUGAAAACAUCACUAAAAAAGCAGGUGAAGAGCUGUCAGAGAUAGAACCCAAGCCAACAGGUCAGCAUUCCCAUCCCAGCCUGCACAGACAUGGACACCACCAUCGCCACCACCACCACCACCAUCACGUGGGCAGUCGUGAUCCCGAACACGAGGACCACCAGGCUGCUUCUCAAACUGAGAGACAUCAUCCUCACAGCGGCUGGCGUCACAGGCUUUUUGGCCGUCACAGACAUGAUCAGAUAGGUAGUCAGGAGCACGUAGACACUGCCCCUCCAGGAGAAAUUGUGGAAAUUGCACAAGAUAGAAAACUACGAAAGAAAGGGAAAAACAGCUGCAAAAACCAGUUAACUUGAAAUUGGGAGACAGGAUCAGGCUCAGCCUCUAGUAGCUGAUCCUGUCAUUGUCGACACCUUUUGUUUGAAGAGCUAGGGAAUUCUGUCACUUGACAGUGUCGUGGUACACUACCAAAUUCUUGCAGGUGACAUGGGCAACUGGCAGCAGAAGACAUCACUGAGUCUUGACAGUGACGUCUGCUCUCUGCUGCCUGACAUUCACCAGCAGGAGCAAGUGAAACUAGUGACACCUGACAGUGACAGGAAAAAGCGAGAAACUGAUCCUGAAAAACAAACUAAGCACCUUCCAGAAACAAGGGAGUCCCACUAACUUAGUUCUUAUUUGAGCAGAAAAAUGAACAAAUUAAGUGUUUUCAUUGCCCCAGAUUCAAAAUUAUACAGACAGGUAUGGGGAUUUAAAAUAUUGCAAAGUGUAAUUUUAGAGCAGUGCUCUUAGAAUAAUAGAAUAUCUGUCAAAUUCCAUCAGAGAAAAGCUUCAUGAUUUAAAGGAAUUUGGUUGACCCCUAGUUUGUUUUUCAGUUCCACUGGGAAGGUGUCUGCUUUCUUGAUUAAUUUGUCUUUCUUGUUUCUCUUCUAAUAUUCUGCUUGCAUUUGUGAGGACAGGAGCAUAAACUAUGACCUAGGGGCUCCUGUCUGAUGUUUUGCAAUCAAGAACAGAAGAUAACCAAGACAGAUAUUUUAAUCAUUUUUUAUUAAGGUGAUAUAUUCAGAAGUUGAGCUUUUUGGUUUUUUUCUAACCUGGGGAUACAAAUCAUGUACAAGCAAAACUUACUCCUAAGCAAUGUGACAAAAUAAUUCCACAACAAAAAUGUAAUAUACAGACAGUAACUGCUUUAUUUUCAAGUAACAGAUAGAUGUGCUUAACUUUUGUGGCUCUUAGAUACAGUAAGAGGGUCCAUUAACACAUACUGCUACUGCCUGUAAAAUCCUACUGAAUCAAUAAGCAAGAAGUAGUGUUAACAACUCACAGGCGGAAUCAAAAAGAGGGUGGGAUGAAAUAAGUUUAAUCUUGGUGUACUGUUGAUCUUUGUUUAUAACAGUGCUGAAUUUGAUAAAUCUGUAUCAGUUAGUAACAAAAUAUACCACUUAAACUUGUAUAACUUCUCUGUUUGUAGCCUAGCAUUUCUAAUGUUUGAUUAACUGAAUGGAAGUAAAUCCAGUUUGAAGGAUUCCUGGAUGAAGAAAAGAAUAUUCAUGAAAAGAAACCUGCUAUGAAAGCAUACACCAUAAUUAAUGAUGGUUUAAUAGGGAAAUUACUACUCCUACAAAACCUGAAUCUUUUUAUUGUGAAUGCUGAUUAGCAAGAGAGUAGUUCUGAAUGUACACAGAAUACAUGCCUUCGGAAUAUUUGACAGGAGUGUUUUCAAUAAAACAUACUUUCUUCA